UCUCAUCAAAUCUCACAUUUUCUUUUUGAUCGAUGGAGGGUUCGUCUACAAGCCAUAAACGCAAGAAAAAUGACGAGCAUACUAAGAAGAGCAAGAAGAGACAACAUGUGAGAGCCAGCAAUGUAGAAAACAAGAUGGAGGAGAAGAGAAGUGGGAGUAAUGAGGAGAGUUUCGGAGUGUUUGAGUUCCCGUGGAUGAAGGAGAGUAUGAUCUCGACCUCUCUUGAUUGGAGUCUACCCGAAUCUCUUUUUCCUGUCUUAGAUGAUGGUAAUGAGAUGUUUGAAGAGAUUAGUGAUGUGAGAUGGCCAGUGAAAAGGAUUCCUCCUUCAGUAUCUCAAAGGGAGUGUUUGAUGAGGUUAGGAACGGUCUUUUGUUUUAAUCAGAAGCAUAGAGAGCAGACAAGUUUCAAGAAACGGCAUGUAUCUACGCAGAAUGUGGAUCUUCCUCCUAUUUUACCAAAGAACAAGAAGAAACCUUAUCCGAUUCCUUUUAAGCAAAUUCAAGAAGAGGCUAGGAAAGAUAAGAAGCUUGCUCAGAUGGGUAUAGAGAAACAGUUAGACCCUCCCAAAAAUGGGUUGCUAGUUCCAAAUCUUAUUCCUGUGGCGUAUCAAGUGAUAGAUAACUGGAAGUUGUUGAUUAAGGGUUUAGCACAGCUUCUUCAUGUUGUUCCCGUGUUUGCUUGUAGUGAAUGUGGAGCGGUUCAUGUUGCCAAUGCUGGUCACAACAUUAGGGAUUGCAAUGGUCCAACAAAUUCACAGCGACGUGGUUCUCAUUCAUGGGUUAAGGGUACCAUCAAUGAUGCUCUCAUUCCUGUUGAGUCGUACCACAUGUAUGACCCUUUUGAGCGCAGUAUCCAUCUGCAUUCAGAUAUUGUAAUGGAUACUAUGAUAAGACAACUGGAAGUGACCAAAACCCAUAUCCUUAUAGUUGAAAACUUGCUUACAAUUACCUUUCCUCAUAAUAUUCAUUGAGUCGUUGCUUGAGGUGAGAGACUUCAGAAUCCUAUAUACAGAACAUUAAAGACAAGAGAUGUUUCAUAUUAUACUAUCACAAACUUAUAAAUCUUCCUAAGAAAAAUUAUAGUUCCUC